UAUAUGACGAAUCAGACAGGAUUAGAGCGCGCUCAGCCUCCCGGCUCGCGCAUCAUCCGCGUCUCCGUGGUAGAGGCAGCGGCCAAGAGGCGGUCUCUCAGAUCUGAACAUUAAACAUAUCUGACGUCUAUGGCUCCAUCAUCGUAUUUCAGUGUCCAAAUAACUAUUUUGCUUUGCGGUGUGAUUCAAUGCAAACUCUUAUCCGCGGUUCUGUUUUCUUUACUGUUGACUGUUACGCGUCCGCGGCGGUCUUAGCGCUUUUGACCAGUUAACUUAAAAAAAGAAAAUAGUGUCCGGUCACGAUCGCUUUGACAACCGGGGAUUUUCAUGAGUGCUCCUCCGGUGAUUCGUCCGCCAAGUCCCUUCGCAGGGUCUCAUGGCAUCUCCUUUCAAAUUCAGAUCGGGUUGAGCCGCGAGCCCGUCAUGCUGGACUCCUGUGACUUCAGCCUCGCGCACGUCCGGGAGAUGGCAUGCUCCAUCGUUGACCAGAAGUUCCCAGAGUGCGGGUUCUACGGGAUGUACGACAAGAUUCUACUGUUCCGUCAUGAGCCCAACUCGGACAACAUCCUGCAGCUGGUGCGCUCUGCCUCGAGCAUCCAGGAGGGGGAUCUGGUGGAGGUGGUUCUGUCAGCCUCGGCCACGGUGGAAGACUUCCAGAUCCGGCCGCACUCUCUGUUUGUGCACUCGUACCGCGCUCCGGCCUUCUGCGACCACUGUGGGGAGAUGCUGUGGGGACUGGUGCGACAAGGCCUCAAGUGUGAGGGCUGUGGGCUGAACUACCACAAGCGCUGUGCCUUCAAGAUCCCCAACAACUGCAGUGGCAUCCGCAAGCGCCGCCUGUCCAACGUCUCGCUCACGGGCCUGACGACCACGCGCUCCGUGUCUGCAGAGCCCUCCCCCACCACCCCCGACGACGCCUUACUGUCUCCUGUCAGUCCAAGCAUAGAGAAGACCCCACCAGACAUCUUCCCUGGCAGAGGAAGGUCCAACUCGCAGUCGUACAUCGGGCGGCCCAUCGAGCUGGACAAGAUCCUGCUGUCCAAAGUGAAAGUCCCGCACACGUUCGUCAUCCACUCCUACACCCGACCCACCGUCUGCCAGCACUGCAAGAAGCUGCUCAAGGGCCUCUUUCGCCAGGGCCUACAGUGUAAAGAUUGCAAAUUUAACUGCCAUAAACGCUGUGCACCCAAAGUGCCAAACAACUGCCUUGGAGAAGUGUCCAGAAAUGGAGACCUGUUGAGUCCAGGGGCGGAGGCUGACAUAGUGAUGGAGGAAGGGGACGAUCUGGACUGCGACAGACACAGCCCUCUCAUGGACGACCUGGAAGAGUCGCUCGCUCCCGACUCAGCCGCCCUGCUUGAGGCUGCUCAUGGCGACAUAGGAGAUCUCCAGGACAACGACCCAGACGACCCUAACAGGGUCAUAAGUCCGUCUACCAGUAACAACAUCCCCCUCAUGCGUGUGGUGCAGUCGAUCAAACACACCAAGAGGAAAAGCAGCAAUGUGCUCAAGGAGGGAUGGCUGGUGCAUUUCAACAGUAAAGACACUCUGCGCAAGAGACAUUACUGGAGGCUGGACAGCAAGUGUAUCACCUUGUUUCAGAAUGAAACAGGAGGCAGAUACUACAAGGAAAUCCCCCUGUCAGAGGUGCUAUCCCUCGAGCCAGCUAAGACCUUCGACCUGCUGCCCGAAAGCGCCAACCGCCACUGCUUCGAGAUCACCACGGCAACGCUGGUGUACUUCGCGGGCGAGCAGCUGGUGCGGCCGGAGGGCGGCGUGGCGGAGAGCCUCGGCAGCAUGCUGGUGAGCGGCACCGGGCAGGACGUGGCACGCAUGUGGGAGAUGGCCAUCCAGCACGCCCUCAUGCCCGUCAUCGCCAAGGGGCUGUCGCAGGGCAGCCGCUACAGCCACCACAAAGAUGUUUCUAUCAGCAUCUCAGUAUCCAACUGCCAGGUUCAGGAGAAUGUGGACAUCAGUUCCGUUUAUCAGAUAUUUCCUGAUGAAGUUCUUGGUUCUGGGCAAUUUGGAAUCGUGUACGGAGGGAAACACAGGAAGACGGGCAGAGACGUGGCCAUCAAGAUCAUCGACAAGCUGCGCUUCCCCACCAAACAGGAGAGCCAGCUCCGCAAUGAGGUCGCCAUCUUACAGAACUUGCACUACCCUGGUGUCGUCAACCUGGAGUGCAUGUUCGAGACGCCCGAGCGUGUGUUUGUUGUCAUGGAGAAGCUCCAUGGAGACAUGCUGGAGAUGAUCCUGUCCAGUGAGAAAGGGAGGCUGCCCGAGCGCGUCACCAAGUUCCUCGUCACUCAGAUUUUGCAGGCUCUGCGACAUCUCCAUUUCAAGAACAUAGUGCACUGUGACCUCAAGCCCGAGAAUGUUCUACUAGCAUCCGCUGACUCCUUCCCGCAAGUAAAGCUGUGUGAUUUUGGCUUCGCCCGCAUCAUCGGCGAGAAGUCGUUCCGGCGCUCGGUGGUGGGGACCCCGGCGUAUCUGGCCCCCGAAGUCCUGCGCAACAAAGGCUACAACCGCUCCCUGGACAUGUGGUCCGUCGGCGUCAUCGUCUACGUCAGCCUCAGCGGGACGUUCCCCUUCAACGAGGACGAGGACAUCCACGACCAGAUCCAGAACGCCGCCUUCAUGUACCCCACCAACCCCUGGAAGAAGGUCUCGCAGGACGCAAUUGACCUCAUUAAUAACUUACUUCAAGUCAAGAUGAGGAAGCGCUACAGCGUGGACAAGUCCCUCAGCCACCCCUGGCUCCAGGACUAUCAAAUGUGGUUGGACCUGCGAACUCUGGAGUACAGAAUGCACGAGCGCUACAUCACACAUGAGAGCGACGACCAUCGCUGGGAGCACUACGCUCUGCAGAAUGGCCUCCAGUACCCAGUCCACCUCCUCAAUCCCCAUGGUAACCUGAGUGAGGGGGUGGAGACAGAGGAGGAGCAAGAACUGGGCACGCUCAGUGAGAGGGUUAGCGUGCUGUGACCUGCCAGUGCCCUCUCAAGAACGCUGCGCUCCACUCUCUCUAUCUGUCUCUCCCACUCUCUCCUGCUCUCUCUUUCUCCCUCUCUCUCUCUCUAUCUGUCUCUCUCUCUCUCUCUCUCCCUCUCUCU